AUGCAACUCAAGGCCCUUGCGCUCCUCGCCUUCGCCGCUCUGGCGGCGGCAGCUCCCGGCACGGAGCUCAACAAGCGCGCCCCUACCAAGGCGGAGUGCUGCUGCUGCUAUGGCGGGCCUUCGGUCGGGUGCGCGGCUACCCUCGACUGCUCCGAUAUCUCAACCAGCACUUGCUUUCACACCGUGUGUCCAUUUUGA